AAUCAGAGUCCCACCAAAAUACCUAUGUCUGAAUGUGAUAAUGAGGUUCUGAAAUCUUUGAGCCCACUAACCCAUUCCGUGAGAGUUUCAUGAUUGCGUGCAGGUUUGAGCAAUUUAGAGCAUAAGUUACAAAACUCGAAUGGAUAAUUUGUCGAAUUCUGAUGAUUAUGAUCUGGGUUAUCAACCUUCAGUUUCUUCAGUGGAUCAAAAUGAUCUAUCAACUUCAGAAACUCCAGGGCGUUCUACGAUGAGUGGGAGCCCUUUUGCAUACUGUAGGACUAAUUCUGAGGCCUCAGCCUUCUCAGAGCCUACAGACGGAAACAGCUUUUCUAGUGAACCUUCUCCUUCCCCCUGGCCAGUAGCCAAAUCCAGAUCCCUCUACAGACUACCAAUGAAGCCCCACAGGCAAGUUGUGGACGAUAAACUUGAUGAUCAUGAAUCUACUGAUUUAGAGCUUGAAAUGAUGAAGGAAAGAUUUGCAAAACUUCUGUUGGGUGAAGACAUGUCUGGAGGUGGGAAAGGUGUCUGCACUGCUGUGACUAUCUCAAAUUCCAUAACAAACCUCUACGCAACUGUAUUCGGCCAAAACUUAAGGUUAGAGCCUCUGAGUCCUGAGAAGAAGGCUUUGUGGAAAAGAGAAAUGUAUUGUCUUCUAUCUGUGUGUGAUUACAUAGUGGAGUUUAGCCCAACCUUGAAAGAUUUAGAUGAUGGGACAACUGUGGAGAUGAUGGCAAGUACAGCAAGAUCGGAUAUUUAUAUUAAUCUUCCUGCAUUGCAGAAGCUUGACAUGAUGCUCAUAGAAAUAAUGGAUAGUUUUGAAGAUACGGAAUUCUGGUACGCGAAACAGGGGAGCAUGUCGGGGAAUUCAGUUCGUUCAGGCUCAUUUCGAAGGGUUUCUCGGCGGAAAGAAGACAAAUGGUGGUUGCCAGUUCCAUGUGUUCCUCCAGGUGGCCUCUCUGAGAAGGCAAGGAAGCACUUGCAACACAAACGGGACUGUGCUAAUCAAAUUCACAAGGCCGCCAUGGCAAUUAACAGUACUAUUCUUGCAGAGAUGGAAAUCCCAGAAUCAUUCGUGGCAACUCUUCCAAAAAGUGGAAAAUCAUGUCUAGGAGAAUCGAUUUACCGCUGUAUGUGUACCGGAGAUAAAUUCUCACCAGAACAUUUUCUUGACUGUCUGAAUAUAACAUCCGAACAUGAAGCACUUGAGCUUGCAGACAGGGUUGAAGCUUCUAUGUACACAUGGAGGCGUAAAGCAUGUAUGAGCCAUUCAAAGUCAUCCUGGGACCUGGUAAAGGAUCUCAUGGCUGACUCUGACCGGAGUGACAAAAAUCAUGUUCUAGCAGAGAGAGCUGAAAGUUUACUGUUCUGCCUCAAACAGAGGUAUCCUGAGCUAUCACAGACAACAUUGGACACUAGCAAGAUUCAGUACAAUAGGGAUGUGGGGCAAGCAAUAUUAGAGAGCUACUCAAGGGUGUUGGAAGGCCUAGCGUUCAACAUUGUAGCUUGGAUUGAAGAUGUUAUUUUUGUAGACAGAACAUGAGAAAUGAACAAUAAGGCCAGAAAUGGGUCCGAUAUAUCUUAGUCCCAGUGCUUUCCUUGAGCUACUAUUCUUUUCUUUUCACAAACUUUUGCUGCAAACUUUUCCAGGAGGUUAAAAAAAAUGCAGUGGAUGAUCCUAGGAAGUUUACUUGUAUGUUUAUGAGCUUAAAAAUGUUAGCUAUAAUAUGUACAACAUUUUCCACAACCUUUUAAUGAUUUUUAGCCUAAAUUG